GAAGACUUCAUGGGGCGCCCUGACCUCUAUAGCUUCCAAUACAUUUCAAAUGGCCAGAGCCUGGCAUUCAGCCCUGACUCUGGGGAGGUGUGGAAAGCUCGCAGAAAGCUGGCCCAGAAUGCCCUGAAGACCUUCUCCAUUGCCCCCAGUCCCACCUCCUCUUCCAUCUGCCUCCUGGAGGAGCACGUCUCCAAGGAGGCCGACUACCUGGUCACCAAGUUCCUGCAGCUGAUGGAGGAGAAGAAGAGCUUUGAUCCUUACCGGUACCUGGUGGUCUCUGUGGCCAACGUCAUCUGUGCCAUCUGCUUUGGCAAGCGUUAUGACCACAAUGACCAAGAGCUGCUCAAUAUAGUGGACCUAGGCAAUGAAUUUGGGGAUGUGGCUGCUUCUGGCAACCCCGCUGACUUCAUUCCCAUGCUCCAGUAUCUUCCUAGCCGCACCAUGGCGCUCUUUAAGGACGUCAACAGACGUUUCAAUGCCUUUGUGAAAAACAUUGUCCAGGAGCAUUACACCAGCUUUGAUAAGGGGCACAUCCGGGACGUCAUGGACUCGCUGAUUGAGCACUGCCAGGAGAAUAGUGGAGGGGAGGAUGCCCGAAUUCCACUCUCCAAUGAGAAGAUCAUCAACAUUGUCAAUGACCUCUUUGGGGCAGGCUUUGAUACCGUGACAACUGCCUUAUCCUGGAGCCUCAUGUAUGUUGCCUUGUACCCCAAAAUCCAGAAGAAGAUCCAGGAAGAACUAGACCAGACCAUCGGCCAGGAGAGGAGACCGAGGCUGUCGGACAGAGGCAUGCUGCCCUACACAGAAGCCUUUAUCCUGGAGAUGUUCAGGCACUCCUCCUUCCUGCCCUUCACCAUCCCACACAGUACGACAAAAGCAACGACGUUGAACGGCUACUACAUCCCCAAAGAUACCUGUGUGUUUAUCAACCAGUGGCAAGUGAACCACGACGAGAAACUUUGGAAGGACCCCUCAACUUUCAACCCCGAGCGGUUCCUCAAUGCCACGGGGACUGAAAUAAACAGGACGGAAAGUGACAAAGUGAUGGCUUUUGGCUUGGGAAAGCGGCGAUGCAUCGGGGAGUCCAUUGGCCGCUGGGAGGUCUUCCUCUUCUUGGCCACUAUGUUGCAGCAACUGGAGUUCAGCCUCUGCCCUGGAGAGAAGGUGGACAUCACCCCUCAGUAUGGACUGACCAUGAAAUACAAGAAAUGCGAGUGCUUUCAGAUUAAGAAGCGUUUCCCCACAAAGAGCUCUCCGUAA